GAGAAAGUGAAAAAGAGAAAGAGUAACAUAGAGAAAGAGAGAGUAAGAGACGUUUUAGUUUUUUCAAAAUUUUUAUAAACAAACAAAAUGGCGGAGCGGAGCCCACCGCGUAUACAAACGGAGAGUUUGCAAGAGGACGACAGUAAUAAAGAAAACAACAGUGAAAACUUCGAACCAAUAAAGAAAAAACCUAAAGUAGAGUGUAGUAAUCAAAUCGAAGGAAGUGAACAGUAUAAGCUCGAAGAAAGGCUCUGUGGUAUUCUUUGCUGUGCUGUCUGCCUCGACCUUCCUCGGAUCUGCUACCAGUGCAUUAAUGGCCACUUAAUGUGUGCCGGUUGUUUUAACCAUCUUCUUGCUGACGGAAGGCUGAAAGAUGAAACUGCAACAUGUCCAAACUGUCGCUGUGAGAUUACAAAAGCAACUUGUUCUCGUAAUUUGGCUGUAGAGAAAGCAGCAUCUGAGUUGCCAACUGAUUGUCAGUACUGUCAGCAGCAACUUCCACGGCAUCUGAUAUUACAGCAUGAAGGUCAUCUAUGUCAGGAGAGGCCGAGUUCGUGCAAAUAUGCCCAGCUUGGGUGCCCCUGGCGUGGUCCAUACCAUGAACUCAGAGAGCAUGAAGAAAACUGCAAUCACCCUCAGAAAACUGGCAUUGAACUUAUGGAUGCCUUACAGGCAAUUGAUAAACAAAAUACAGAACAACUGAAACUCUAUGAAGAUAUAUUUGCACUGCUCUCCUAUGAGAAAAUAACAUUCAAUGAUCUCCAGUUACGACCCUUCAGAACUGACGAUUUCAUCACCAAACUCUUUUACGAGACAAGUCGUUUCUCAUCCUUCCAGCAUCAGUGGGUUUUGAAAGCCCGUGUUGACCACGACCAGAAAGAUCCAACUCACAGUAGUAAACGCACCCUCAGUUACCAACUGGUUCUAAAAAGCCGAACAAGUAAUCCUCUGAAAGUCUUGUUCAUGGCCCUGAAAGGACCUUACGGAGAUUUGAACGUGACCCCGUAUGUCUACGAGUUUGAGUUCUCAAACGAUUCUACAGAAAGUGAAUACCAUACACUACCCACAGUCGAUGUUCUUGAAUGCAACAAAUUACUUGCAUCGAAAACCAUUAAUGUUCGGCUUGUUCUGUUCUUGGUGCAACAGUGAUUUUGAGUACAAAGAAAUCUAGCAAAUUGUAAACAAAAUUAAGAGAAUUAAGAGAAAAGCAAACUGCAUAAUUUGAAAGACCUUUUUUUGUUUUUUUCUCCUCAGCAAUGUUAUUUACUGUGUGAUAGAAAUGGAAUAUAUUAUUACUACUUUUAGUAAAAACCGUAAAAAAAAAAAAAAAAAAUGUAAUUUAAUAAACAAUUAUUUCUGAAUGAAGAAACUUUUCUAUUAAUGGUUUCAAAAAAAAGUUCUAAGCAUUUUUCUUUCACACUGAGUGAUUGAAAAUGAAUUUAGAAAAAAAAAAAAAAUUUAAAUUAAUAAAAAAAAAAAAUUGUUGAUAUUGAUGUAAAAGUACUUUAAAUUUGCUGUUGAUAUUUAUACUCUUGAUUCAUGACAGUUUGACUUAUGUGCUAAAGAUAAGUCAGUGAAAAAUAAAUUAUAGCAACUGUUUACAAAUGUAUUUUCUCAUUACUGUCCCUAAUUUUCUAUAGAUUAGACUUGUUUCAUUUUGCUUUUCAUCUAUAUCACAAAAAUAAUUGAGCAUGUGUGUGUGUGUGUGUUUGAACAGGUUUUAAUAAGCAUUGAAUUUUCAAGUUCUUUAGUUGAAAUAUCGGUCAUUAUGGUCUUUGAAUUUCAAUAAGUCUGUUAGGUUAUCAUUCAAUCAUUGUCAUAUUUUGCUGUUUUAAAUUAAAACCAGUGACUCUAAAAUAUAGAGUUUUUUUUUGCUUUAGAAAAGUAAAUAGAAUGCUGUGACAUUCGGGUCUUUUUCAAUUAUAUUCAUUGUAUAGAUGAAGAGAAGUUUGUAGCUCAUGAAGUGCUUAUUUUUUGCUCUAUGGUACUUACCACAAUAAAUGUCAAAUAUUGUUGCGAAAAGUUUGCAAAAUGUUAAGUUUUUCAGUUUUUCAUGAAUUGAGACUUUUCAGUUCUGGUUGUGAAAGUAUCUUAGUAUUUCUUGUUUCCCUGAUGAUAUGCUAGAUGAAUCAUUUAGCAUUCAGAUUACUCUGUGAAAUGUAAUGCUUAUUCAUUCUCAUUAUUUUGAAUUAACGAUGGCAGUGAGCUGGCAGAACUGUUAGCAUGCCAGACGAAAUGCUUAACGGUGUUUCGGUCCUUCUCUACAUUCUGAUUUCAAAUUUUGUCAAAGUCAACUUUGCCUUUCAUUCUUUCGGGGUCAAUAAAUUAAGUACCAGUGAAACACUGGGGUCAAUGUAAUCAACUAGUCCCCUCCCCCCAAAAUUUCAGGCCUUGUACCUUCAGCAGCAAGAAUUAUUUUGCAAUACUCAUGCAUUACUUCAUAGCUUUUGAGAUUUUGAUGAUGUGAUUGCUCAUGUUUAGAGUGAUAUUGUAGGGUAGGUGUGAGAGGCUGGAUCUGACCAGUGUUAAUAUAAAACAUGGAAUAUUUGAGCUGGAAUAUGGCGAGUUUGAGUGCUAAAGGGCUUAAUCUCCACAUUGAUUUUAUUUUUAUUUUUAUAAUUUAUUUUAUUUUGCUAUUGUGAUAAAAUUAUAUUUUAGUUUAUUUCUAUAAAAUAAUAGUUAAUUUUUUUUAUUAAACUGGCAGAGAACCUUUGUAGUCCCCUCACUUUUCUGUUCAUGGGUCUUCUUUGAAUUGUGAGGUCAAUGUGAUUUCUUAGUGAAGUUUACCCUUUUGUAUUUAAACUAGUCCUUUUAUGUUCAAACAGGCCAGCUCCAGCCUCUCAUGCCUAACCUACAAUGUCAUUCUAAAAACAAACAAAUUAUCAAAAUCUCAAAGCUGCGAGAUAAUGCUUGAUUAAUUAAAAAUGAUAUGAAUAAAUAAGCAUUACAUUUGACUGAGUGAUCUGAAUGCUGAACAAUUGAUACUUGUAAGGAAAAUGUGGAUAGCUCCAGAGGGUUUCUGUUCUCAGAAGGGUGUGGAUGUCAUAAUAAAUAAUGGGCAUGUUAAGUGGUAUGCAGUUUGCUUGCUCAGAGGAAUAUAAGACACUAUAAUAGCAAUAGAAGAGAGAGAAACAAAACAGUUCAUCUGAAAGCUAUCUUUUGUAGUAUGCCCUUAAGUGAAUCAUUGACAAUCAACUGCUUUUUUUUUUUUUUUUUUUCUAAUGUGGUCUAUGAUGUUUGUGUAUGUAUAGCAGCUGUAGUACCACUCUAGAUAUGUUAGUAGUAUUGCUGUGUGACUCAUGGUUGUGCUUUUGUAGAAGGAAUUGAUCAGAGCUAUUUCCAAUUCUGAAGAAGAAAUCUGUCCUAUGUGGUGACAGGUCUGGCAGUCAUAUAGUUUCAUUGAAAGGUAACACAUUUAUAUAUUUAUAGUGAGUUAGAUGGUUUCAAAUGCUGCAAGAUCUUUUCUUUGAUAAUACUUUUCUAUUAUCAUCUACGGUUUCAUUUUAUAAUUUCUGCUAUGUUUUUCUUCUGUUUUAUAUCUAUAUUGAUUUACAGCAAAUUUUAUUUUCCUCUAGCAAAGGUUUGGUCAUCAGUUUUAAUAUGUAAUCUUAUAGUAUCAUUUAUACAAAGGAAACGGUUUGAUAUAUCAUUUAUUGUUGAAAGAAGCUGAACAAGUAUCUAAUUCAAUAAAUAUUAGUUUAUUUACAAUAUAUAUAUAUAUGUAUGUAUGUAUAUAUAUAAGAAAUUGAGAUGACAAAGAAAUAAUUAUCUUUUGAACUUCUUAGCUAGUUUAUUCUUUUGUCAUUUCAUUUUCUCAUUACCACUCUGUACUUGACAAACGCUUCAUUCUGAAACAUAUAUAUUGAGUUCUACACUAGAUUAUUUGUCUUGCAAUGCCUAAGCGAAUAUAUAUAUAUAUAUAUAAUUUAUUUAUAUAUUAUUAUUAUUAUUAUUAUUGUGUCAUAAAUAGUCAAUUUUAUAAAUUCACAUCAUUAUCAGACUUCUGUUUCUGUAAAUUUGCAGUAAAUAUUUUAAUUGAUUUUAAAUAUUUUAUGAAACUGAAUAGUGAACUGAACUGACAGAUCUAAAUAGAGUGCCUUAGAAUAUUUUAGCUUACUUUUAUUUAGAUUCUUAGUUUAAAUUGAACUCACUUUUUCCUCUUCCAGGGGCUACUAAAUUUGUCAUCAGUUUACUGAAAGUUGAUUUGAGCUACUAUACCUUUCCUCUACUUAAAAAAAAAAAAGAAUAAAAGACAAAACAAAACAAGAAAAAGUAAGAAAUUAUCUUGUACCUCACUGAAAGAAAUUAUGAUUAAACCUGAUUGAUUGUUAAUUAAGACUACAAGAGAUUAUACCACAAAAAAAAAAAAAAAACAGAAUCAAACCAAAAUUUGAUAGACUACUUUAUAAGUUGGCAGGUGCCAUAGUGUGAAGAUAGAUUUUCAGCUACAGUAAAUAAAAUAUCAAUUUCAUCCUU